AUGAGUCAAGGUCGAUCAAUUAUCGACAUUAUUCAAGAUCCAGCUGCACUUGAUGCAUUUCUUCGUUCAUCAACAAAAUCUUCAAAUAAUAAUUCUACUGGAUCUCAACAACGUUUAUCAAAUGAACAAAAUCGUUUAACAACAAAUAAUAAUAAUAAUAAUAAUAUUUAUAAUCAAAAUACAACAAAUAAUACAAAUGUACAAAUAACACAAAAUACAUUUAAUUUUAAUACAAAUUCACCAUUAAUAACAACAAUGCCACAACAAUCUAUAACAACAAAUGAAACAACACCACGUAUACUUAAUCAAACAAUUGGUUCACAAACAAAUGUUAAUGUUAUAUUAAAUCAAACGGUUAUUCAACAACAACAACAACAACAACAACAACAACAGCAACAGCAGCAACAACAAAUGGUUGCUAUUAAUAUUAAUGGUAAUCAAACUUUAAUACCAUUAAGUAUGUUUACAAAACUUUUACAACAAAAAUAUUCAUCAACACAACAAUCAACAAGUACUUCAACAACUGUUACACAACAAGUUGCACCAACACAAAUUAUACAAAAUGGUUCAACAACUCAAAAUAGUAUUAUUCAACCAAAUCCUUCAUCUAAUCAAUCAUCGAUACCAACAACACUUCGAGUUGUUCGUCCAACAACAACUAGUAGUCCAACAUCCAAUUUAAUGAUGAUGACCACAGGACAACGAUUAUCAACUCCUAUUUUAUCUAAACCUCAAACCGGUAAUAUAAUUGUACAAGUAACAAAUAAUGAUAAUAUACAAUCAAAAAUAAGUGAUAAAAAUUUAUCUGUAUCAACAAACAGUGAUCUAACAACUCAAUUAAUGAAUGAUCUUCAAGCAAAUGGUAAAGAUCCAGAAAAACAAAUCACUUUAAUUGAUACAUAUUUAUCACGUAUGCAUUCAACAACAGAAAAAGAUCGUGAAUUUUCAACACGUAUUAUACGUUAUCGUGAAACAUUAUCACAAUCAGUUGAACAAGCACGAAUUAAUGGUCAACAUCGACAACGUUUACUUGAUCAAUCGACAACACUUAAUACAUUAUUAUCAAAUCCAUCAAUAAUUAAACGUGAAACAUCAACUAUAACAACACAACAAAAAUCAAAUGGUACAACACUUAUACAAUUACCACUUGCUAAACAAGAUGAAUUAUUAAAUGCUGUAUUAAAAAAACUUCGUCAUGUUAAUUUACUUGAUUUACAAACUCAAGGUAUUUUACCUAUGGAAUUAACAUUUGAACAAAAACUUCAAAUACAAAAAUUAGAUAUGCAAAUAGCUGCUUUACCUAUUGAUAAACAACAACAAUUUUCUAGAGGACAAAGAGAAUUAGUACCAAAAUAUUUAGCAAAAAAUGCAGCAACUGGAUUAAAUACAACUACAACAUUAACUGUGAAUCCUCGAACAAAAAUUUUAUUAGGUACUCCAUCAGCUUCAACAACAAUAUUAAAUACACCAAAUACAAAUGCUACACGUUCUUUACGUAUAUCAAGUGCUGAUUUAAUCGGUCAACAAUUACGUAAAGAUCAAGCACAUGUAUUAAAACCAGAUUUUAAAUCACGUUUUUUAACACGUGGUGAUGCUAUAAAACGUUUAACACGUUAUCAUGUAUUUACUAAACCCGCACCACCAACAUAUGAACCAACAGAGGAUGAAUGUCGACAAUUUGAUGAAUCAUUUGAAAUCGAAGCAAAACGUUUAUUAUCUGCAAGUGAACGUAUUAAUGUAUCUAUAUCACGAUAUACUAUAUCGAAUGAUCAAUUAAAUAAUGAAAGUUAUGAUAAAUAUUUAUUUGAAAAAAUGAGACUUGAUGAUCUUCGUGAACAGUUAGAAAUUGAAAAAACUAAUUAUGAAACAAGAAAAAGACGUGCUGUAGAUGUUGAAAACAGACCAAUAUCUGUACCUAUACUUGAAGAAAUAUCAUCACCAUUACCUUCAUCUACAUAUGAUUUUCUUUCAAAUAGAACAAAUUAUAAUCUUGGUGUAUCAAUGUCGGAUGCUGAUUAUAAUGAUUUAUUUAAUAGUGAUCCAAUAAAUGAUGAAAUAAUACGAACAACUGAUGAAACACAAUUAGCAAUUAAUUCAAUUGUUGAUUGUGGUGUUAUUGAACAACAUGAAAAUCCUAUUGAUAUAUCAGAUUCAACAAAUUUUUUCUUUGAUGAUCUUGAUAUUGAUAAUCAUCAUCAAGAUAAUAAUCAAUCACAAGAUGAUGAAGCUUCACGUGCCGUCCAAAAUUUGCUCGGCUUUUCUUGA